GGGAAGUGGAGAGUCGGAACCAUCACCGGCUAAUUUGCACCCAGCAGUGGAACCUGUGAGCGAGGUCCGGAGAUUGAAGUCGGCCUAUAAGAAGAUCUUGGAGGACAACGAAGCUAUGCAAGCGGAGGUGCGACUAUCGAAGGAGAUAAAGGCACAGGCGCAGACUGAAACUAUUGAGUUAUGUAAGAAGUUGACUGGAAAAACGCCUUGUCCUUCCCGAUCCAACCUUCGGGCUUCUUUUGAAGCGGUUGCGGAUUCGGAGGAAGACGAUGAUGAUGAUGUGGUACAUUUGACUCGGAACGUGAAGGCAUCUUCGACUAAGGGGCAAGCUUCAAGAAUGGUGUUGUUUGAGAAGACCGCACGACGUAAGCUCAAGGGACUACGAACAAAUCAAAUCAUGAAGAUUUAUGAGGAGGAGGGAGUGCAGUUUGUGACUAUUAAACAGGCGAUUGAUUCUAUUGUUGAGAAACGGCUUGAUAAUGAGUUUAAGACAGAUGGCAGUGAUGAUGAUCCUAAGAGUGAGGAUCUGGCGGGCGAUGACACUGCACGCAAGGCGGGGGGUAAUCCUGAAGGGGGCGGUGUGCAGGUUGUGUCGGAUUCUUAGGGAUCCUUCCCGAGCGUAAACACGG